AUGUUCGAAAAACAAAUGCAAAAAGAUUCAAAUGUUGUGCUAGCGACUAAAGUGCUAAUGUUUAUGUAUCAACUUGAAGCAAUGCCAAUAAUUUUCACUUCUGGUGGAUUCUUCGUUGUCAAACGUUCACUUCUUCCUACACUGGUUUCGUUCAUGCUCACUUAUGUUUUCCUGAUGAUUCAACUCGGACAAACACCGGCAUGUGUAAUGGACAAUAGCAUGUCCGUGAAAUCAGUUUGA